UUAACGUUUUCUCUCAGGUACAUGCAUCCCUUGCUACAGGGCCCAGGCAAAAAAAUAGCGUUUUCUACGAAAUUCGCACCUAUGAUAUUAAGCCGUCAAAGAUGAAGGAUUUUGUGGAGCUGGUCAACAAGUACUUCCAUCUUCGCACGGCUCACUCGGAGCUGGUGGGAUUCUGGUCUGCGGAGCUGGGAGCAAUGAAUAAGGUUGUCCACGUGUGGAAGUACGAGGAUUUUGCCCACAGAACAGCAGUCCGACACGCACUAGCCAAUGACAAGGACUGGCAGGGAAAAUUCAUCUCCGCAGCUCUCCCCUUGAUGGAAAAGCAGCACAAUGAGGUUGCGUAUCUGGUUCCCUGGUGUCAGAUUGGGAAGCCUCCAAAAGAAGGAGGAGUAUACGAAUGGGUUACUUUCCAGAUGAAGCCUGGUGGGCCAGCACUGUGGGGUGAAGCAUUUCAAGCUGCAAUCAAUGCUCACAUCAACACAGGCUACACCAAGCUGAUUGGUGUUUUCCACACAGAGUAUGGGUUACUUAACACAGUUCACGUGAUCUGGUGGAACGAGAGCCCAGAUCACCGGGCAGCGGGAAGGCACAGUGCCCAUGAAGAUGCCAGAGUGGUAGCAGCUGUGAGGGACAGUGUCAGGUUCUUGGAGUCCCAGCAAAAUAUGCUCCUGAUCCCUCUGCCAUGCUCGCCCCUGAAGUAACCUUCUUCUGAAGGAUGUAACUGACGGCAGAAAGGACCAGAUGGAAGUGCUGUCAGCAAGUGCCGUCACAUGGAUCGUCAUACCCUCAUGAUCUGAGCCAAUUGUUCUUCAGUUUACAGUAAAUGGAUGCAAAAUGCUGAUGACUAGCAUUUGUAAAUCAGUAAAAUUUUGCACCCUGAUAGCAACUGCUAAAGAGAAGUUUAUAGUGAUAUACCUGUAUCUGCAGGAAAAAGAACUCGAGCCAUAUUGCUUAUGGCAUGAACCACACUGCACCUAUCUUUUAUUUUAACCUUUGAAAUGCUAAUCCUUUUCUGCAUAGCUAGAUCACUAUCAAACCUCUUAAGUGCCCUUUUCCAAAGUUACAGCUCAGGACUGGUAUAAUUUUCAUAACAUACUUUUGUAAUCCGUGUAAUUAUCACGCCUUGGCUACUACAUACAGGUUUAAGAAGGAAUGCCCCCCCCAUUGUCUUUUACCCAGAUACAUUUUAAUCAGACUUCUCAGUGGGGUGCUUUGUAUUAAUUCUGGGUAACAUUAAACAUCAGUGUGCCUGGAAUUGCCCCUAGGAGUUGCUGCAGUGAAGAUGGUCAGGUCCCAAUGAACCCUGCCACAAGAAGAGCAUCCAUUCACUUUGUUGUUAUAGUUCACUUUGGCCUUUUCUUUGUUCAGUAAACUGUUGCUCAGAACUGUGGAUUACACGCAUAAUGCUUUGCCUUGUGUAUUUUAAUAUUUGUUUAUGGUGCUGAAAUUGGAUUAGCCCUUCUUAUUCAACUGUGCAGCCAAACUCAGCUGAUCUACAUGUCUUUACAUUCUUUGAAAUACUGUUAAAAGCCAAAUAAACUUAGAGAAAGCAUGAAUUUUUAA